GCCACCCCCCUCUGCGCAUCUCUAUUGAUUUCAGCAUUGCUUCUGACCGGAGGAAGAUCCUGGAAGAGACCAAAUCAGAAGCAGAAGAAGAAGCUCUAGCUAGUGUAGUUGUUUCCACUUCCACCAGCACGCAGCUUCCUGCGUGUUGCAUCGAUCCAGCUAGCUUCUUGCCUUGAUCGACCUCGCUUGAUCUCCCACAAACUCGAUCUGCGUAGCAGCUCAUCUCAGUCCAUUGUGGUAGCUAAGAAGAUAUGUGUAUAUAUAGCAAGUAGCUAGGUGCAUAUAUAUACAUAUAUAUAGGUAGCAGCACUGGAGCAGCGAUCGAUCUGAUCGAGAUCGAUCGGUAGGUGAUCGAUGGAGGCGCUGAGCGGGCGGGUAGGGGUGAAGUGCGGGCGGUGGAACCCUACGGCGGAGCAGGUGAAGGUCCUGACGGAGCUCUUCCGCGCGGGGCUGCGGACGCCCACCACGGAGCAGAUCCAGCGCAUCUCCACCCACCUCAGCGCCUUCGGCAAGGUGGAGAGCAAGAACGUCUUCUACUGGUUCCAGAACCACAAGGCCCGCGAGCGCCACCACCACAAGAAGCGCCGCCGCGGCGCCUCCUCCCCCGACGACAGCGGCAGCGGCAGCAACAACGAGGAUGACGGCCGCGCCGCCUCCCGCGAGCCGCCGGCGGCGCCCGACCUCGCGCUGCAGCCGCCGGAGAGCAAGCGGGAGGCCAGGAGCUACCAUCAUCACCGGCUCCUCACAUGCUACGUGAGGGACGUGAUGGAGCAGCAGGCGGCGGCCGAGGCAGCAGCGCUGUGGGAGCGGCCGACGAGGGAGGUGGAGACGCUGGAGCUCUUCCCCCUCAAGUCGUACGUCGACCUGGAGGCGGACAACAAGGUCCGGUACGUCAGGAGCGGCGCCGCCAGCGAGCAGUGCAGGGAGUUCUCCUUCUUCGACGUCGCCGGCGGCCGGGAUCCGCCGCUGGAGCUCAGGCUCUGCAGCUUCGGCCCCUAGACACACCGGCGGUCCGGCGCUGCAUGCAUCAAUGCAAAACGUAUCGGGCGGCCUUGUUCGAUCGUAUACGCAUCAUUGCUUUGUGUAGUCCUUGCAUUGAUUCCAGCUACCGACAUGAAAAGGUGUAGGAGAUGGAUGAGGUACGGCAUGGGCUCUACGUACGCUAGCUCUACCGACGACGACGUUGCAUGAAGAAUCUGAGAGGAUCUCAGGAUCAGGGAAAGAGCACGCAGAUGAGAUUUGAACUGCCUUUUCCUUGAUCUUUUCAUCAUGAGAUGCAUGUACUCUACUACUUCUUUUCGUUCUUUUCUGCUGCCUGCCUGCAUGGCGUACUAAGGAUUAACUUUGUUCAUUCAGCACUGAUGAUAUAUCCAUCCCUUUCUUUCGUUCUUUUGCAACGAACCUGCA